AUGGAAGUGGUUAAAAAAGAAAUAUUGAAACUUCUUGAUGCAGGUAUAAUAUAUCCAAUCUCAGAUAGUAGGUGGGUAAGUCCUGUAUACGUUGUCCCAAAGAAAACAGGUAUAACAGUGAUAGAAAAUGAUAAUGGUGAGUUGGUGCCCACUCGUAUUCAAAAUGGGUGGCGAAUGUGUGUAGAUUACAGAAAAUUAAAUGCAUCAACUCGAAAAGAUCAUUUUCCUCUACCGAGUAUCCACCAGAUGGUCGACGAGACGGCCGGGGCCGAAUUGAUGAGCUUCAUGGAUGCAUUCAAGGGUUAUCAUCAAAUCAUGAUGCACCAUGAAGAUGAGAGCAAGACAGCCUUCGUGACCCCGGACGGGCUGUAUUGUUACCGAGUGAUGCCGUUCGGCCUCCGUAACGCAGGAGCGACCUACCAAAGAAUGGUCAAUAUGCUCUUUGCCGAUCUGCUGGGCCGAACGAUGGAAGCUUAUAUU